GAUCCGGAUCCGCGUAAUAUUCCGUCAAAGAAGGAGAAGUUUAUCAUAUUUCUCUCAUUCAAAAUUUGAAAAGCGAGAAAACCCAUCUCCGACCUUCAUUUGUACAGACCACGUUUGACCCUGUCUUUUGUUGAGAUCAAUGUUCUGGGGCUGUCAGUGAGGACCCUCCACCGGAAUCGCACUUCUCUGGGCUUUUGUGGGGGGCUAUCAGAUUCUUGGAAUUGGUUGUUAUGGGAGAAGAACUGAUAUAGCUGGACACUGAUUUAUAUGUACUGGACAAUGCGUGAAUGGAAUAUAGCGGCUCAUGUCAGGUUACACUUCUUUAGAAGCUAUGAGCACUGGUUUAAAGAAAUCCUCUUUGAAUGAUGGAGAGAAGAUUUUAACAUCUGAAGAGCAGCAGGCAAAGAUAAAUGAGGUGAGAAGGUUGAUUGGACAAUUGCCACAGAAGUUGUCCAUUUACUGUUCUGAUGCGUCGAUCGCGAGAUAUUUAAGUGCCCGGAAUUGGAAUGUGAAGAAAGCAACUAAAAUGCUCAAAGAUACCUUGAAAUGGAGAUCUGACUAUAAGCCUGAGGAGAUCCGCUGGGAAGACAUUGCUCAUGAAGCAGAGACAGGGAAAAUAUAUAGAUCAAAUUAUAUUGACAAACAUGGUCGAACAGUUCUGAUCAUGAGGCCCAGUCGCCAGAAUUCGAAGUCUACGAGAGGGCAGAUCAGGUACUUGGUGUAUUGCAUGGAGAAUGCUAUUCUAAAUCUGCCCCCUGAUCAAGAGCAGAUGGUGUGGCUAAUUGAUUUCGAGGGGUUUAAUAUGUCGCACAUAUCGGUGAAGGUGACUCGGGAGACCGCCCGUGUGUUGCAGGAUCACUACCCAGAACGCCUUGGCGUUGCGAUACUUUACAACCCUCCGAAGUUCUUUGAACCAUUCUUCACGGUAGUGAAGCCUUUUCUGGAGCCAAAAACCUACAAGAAGGUCAAGUUUGUGUACUCGGAUGACCUUAACUCGAGGAAGAUAAUGGAAGACCUAUUCGACAUGGACAAGCUUGAGUCUGUUUUCGGUGGGAACGAUACGUCGGGCUUUGAAAUUGGAAAGUACGCGGAGAGGAUGAGGGAAGAUGACAAGAAGAUACCAGGGUUUUGGACCCCAGGGACGAAUCUUCCAUCCCCAGCCUCAGAAGCUGUGAUUGCUGCUUCCUUGGAUUCCGUCGCUUUGGAGUCCGACUCUGAUUCCUCCAACAAUGAUAAGGCCGAGAAUGUGGCUCUUCUCAGGAUGGAGUCUGAGGAGAUUGUCGAAUCCAAUGAUCAUGCUGCGGAGACGGGUGCAGCCAAUGAGAGGAAUGUAGGUGGUGGCAGCGGAGCUGUACAGAGGACUUGAUCAAUUAAUUUUUAUUCGAUGUGUCAACCCGAUAAGUUCGAGUUGACCAUCUGACCAUUUGACAGAGUAGGGUUAGGGAUCAUUGGAUUGAGCCAAGUGACUAUUUUUGGUUUUGGCCAGGCAUCUUCAUUUUCCGAUUGGGUUAAAUUAGAUAUUUCCAGCCUGCUCUUUACUCUAAAUGGAUAUUGAAUAAGGCUUAAGCUCUCC